GGUUGUGCCAAACCAAAUAGUUGGCAAGACCAGGAUUAGACAGCGAUUAUCCCAAGCAAAUUAGCACUGCUUGGUUCGGGAGUAGAGAAACAGGGGGGAAACAGGGGAAUGAAAGGAAAAUUCUACCGCGAAGGGCUCAAGACGUCUGUAAAUAAAAAAGAGUCCGUUUUCCUACAAAGAAAUUAAGAGAAUUUCCCAAGUACCUAGAGACUCAACCUUACCGCUUUGCUUCGGUGGGAUCUCAAAGUUAUUAUGCAUCUUGCAAUACCGUUACUCCUCCUUCUGGAAGCAAUUAAUGCUCAGUUUCCACGACAAUGCACUACAGUGGAUGUGCUGAUCCAAGGUGAAUGUUGCCCAGACUUGUCUCCCGGAGUGGCUCCUGGUUCAGAUCGCUGUGGCUCAUCUUCUGGAAGAGGGCAGUGCGUACAAGUGAUAGCAGAUUCCCGACCCCAUGGACCUCAAUAUAUGCACGAUGGUCAAGAUGACCGCGAGCAGUGGCCUCUUCGUUUCUUCAAUCGAACUUGUCGGUGCAACCGUAAUUUUUAUGGUUACCACUGUGGCUCAUGUCAACCUGGCUGGACUGGCCCCACCUGUGACCAGAAGAUUAAUAUAGUUAGACGAAAUCUUCUGGAUUUUAGUAGUGAAGAAAAGGCAAAGUUUCUAAGAGUCUUACAGCAAGCCAAAACUACAACACACCCUGACUUUAUGAUCGCAACCCGGAGACGUGAGGAGAUCUUGGGUCCUGAUGGCAAUACUCCACAAUUUGAAAAUGUGUCCAUUUAUAACUAUUUUGUCUGGUCUCAUUAUUACUCGGUCAGAAAAACUUAUCUUGGGCCUGGACAGCGAAGUUUUGCUGGAGUAGAUUUCUCCCAUGAAGGACCAGCAUUUCUCACCUGGCACAGAUAUCAUCUGCUACAACUGGAAAGAGAUAUUCAGGAUAUGCUACAGGAUCCGUCUUUUGCCCUCCCUUAUUGGAACUUUGCCACAGGUAAAAACAGCUGUGACAUCUGUACAGAUGAUCUCAUGGGAUCCAGAAGCAGCUUUGAUGACUCUCUUCUCAGCCCCAACUCAAUCUUCUCACAGUGGCGCAUCUUGUGUGAGGCUAUUGAAGACUACGACACAUUGGGAACCAUUUGCAACAACACAGAAGGUGGUCCAAUUAGACGCAAUCCAGCUGGAAAUAUCGCCCGUCCCAUGGUGCAGCGCCUUCCAGAGCCUGAGGAUGUUGCUCUUUGCCUAGAAGUCGGGUUAUUUGACACGCCUCCAUUCUACUCCAAUUCAGCAGACAGUUUCCGUAACACAGUAGAAGGCUACAGCAAUCCUUCAGGAAAGUAUGAUCCGCAGUUCCAUACCCAACACAAUGCUGUUGUUUAAUCUAUCGUUUAGUAUUGUUUUAUCAACCAUGAAUAAUGUCAAACCAGUUUUUCUGAAAAGCUAUUUAAGUGUUUAAUUCCAAGUUUCCAAACUUUAAUAGUUACUUCCUUUUCUUUAGAUAACUCAACAUACCCAUUAGAAAAUGCUCCCAUUGGACACAACAGACAGUACAAUAUGGUACCAUUUUGGCCUCCUGUAACCAAUGAUGAGAUGUUUGUUACAGCACCAGAAAAUCUGGGCUACAGUUAUGAAGUUCAGUGGCCAUCUCCAGCUCUCCAUGUGACUGAAAUCAUAACGAUUGCAAUAGUUGCUGCUUUGAUCCUGGUUGCAAUUAUAUUCGCUGCAGCCUCUUGUAUUGUAUAUUCCAAGAGACAGGAGGAGCACCAGCCACUUCUCACAGACCACCAUCUGACCUAUUCCGAUGAUUAUGACAGCAUUCCAACCCCAAGGCAGUCAAAUGUGUGAAGAUAAGUGAUUUAUCUGCAUUUGAUGGCAUCUAUUGUGUCUGAUCCAUGCUUGCAGUAAACCCCAUUUCAGAGUGAGAAAAAUCCUUUCCUUUAUCUAAUAUUUGUCUCCAAUCCAUAUUCUUCCUUAGACUGGUUCAGCAUUUCUACUGAUUUCACCCACUUCACUCCUGUUCUAUUUACAGUAGGUUCGCAAUAUAAAAGACUAACAAUAAAUAUUUUAAAGUAAUUACUAAGUAUAUAACAACUGCUUUUAUAUGGAAGAUGGUGCAAAAAAUUAAGUUUAUGCUUAAUCUUGUUCUGAGAGUCAGUAUGAUGUAGUGGUGAAAGCAUCUGGCUAGAAACCAGGAGGUCAUCAGUUCUAAUCCCAAAUUAAGCCUUGUUAGCUGGGUGACCUUGGGCCAGUCACUCUCUUAGCCCUAGGAAGAAGGCAAUGGCAAACCACCUCUGAAAACCUUGCCAAGAAAAUUUCAGGGACUUGUCCAAGCAGAAUUGGACACAAUUGAACAGAAGGAAAAAAAAUCUUGUAGUAGGAUGUCACAAAACACUACUAGCAUCAAGGAAAAAGCUAUCCUGUUUUUUAGGAUUCAAUCACUAGCUAGAUUGUCUCUAUACACCUCAAUAGCAAGCUAAUUCUAGUAUCGCUGCAGCCUAUAAGCAAUGUGUUUUUCUGUAACUAAGUUUAUAUUGAGGCAUGCCCAAAUAAGACUCUGGAUAUUGUUUGGAAAAAUUCCCUCAAACAGAUAUUAAUAACUCCUGAAUCCCAAAGGUCCAUUCAUAUCAAUCCAUCCAGGUUGGGCAAUUGUCCAAUCCACUGAUUAUAUCAAAAGAAGAUCCUCUCAACCUCCUCAAGCUGAACAAGAUCCCUUUGCAAGAGGUUACCUUACUCCUCGUGCUAGAUCACAUCCAACUGGCAUUCAAUCCAACCAAACACAAAUGACUAAAUCUGAAACAGAACUGGCAGAUACUAUCUUAGCAGUCUGCUAGAGCCGGGGUUCCCAACCCUGGACCGCAGCCUGUUCUAAACUGGUCCAUGUGACCAAUGGGUAAGGAUAUGCACUUGAAGCCCCUCUCACGUGACCAGCAGGCCCUUGCACUCACAUGCAAAGCUCCACUUGUAUGAAUGAAGCUUCGCGCACAAGCACUCUACACUCAUGCAAGUGGAGCUUCGCGCAUGAGCACAAGUGCCUCUGCUCAAGACACGAAGCUCCAUUUACAGCUGCCACUUACGCACACAAACCACGCUCGGCCGGGUCACCAAGCUGGAAAGAUUGGUGAUCAUUGUGCUAGAGUAUGUCUUUCCUUUCCUUCCAUAACAGCUGUAAGUCAUUCUGAGCAGGAUCAUUGGACUGUUAACUAUAUAUGCAAUAAGAAUGCAGAACUAUUCAUGUUUUGUCUUUCUUAUCCUCACAGUGGAAGCUCAAAUCUGGGCAUUUAUCUGCAUUCAGUCAUAAUCAGUCCAUGAUUCCUUUGCCAAUAUUGUUCCAGGCAUAUCUAUAGUAGCUUUAUUUUCCAAAUUGCCUCAGUAAAUGAAAGACAUCCUCCCUUCAAGGAUAAGCAAAUGUAGAGAGGCACAUGGGAGAAAUUCUGUCCAACGCCCUAAUCAUUUCUAUACAUGUAAUCCUUGACUUAAGACCAUUUAUUUAAUACCAUUCAAAGUGAUGGUGAUACUGAAAUAAAGAUGACUCAUGAUUACUUCUCCCACUUACAACCAUUGCAUUGUCCCCAAAAUCACACCAUCAAAAUUCAGGUACUUGGCAUUUAUGACUGUCAUAUCUGGGUCAUAUCUGACCUUCUGAAGACACUUCAGUGGGGAACCACAGAAGCCAAAUUAGCUUAAUAAUUGUGUCACUUAAUUAAUGACCAUGAUAAUUUGCUUAACAACUGUGACAAAAAUAUUGUAAAAUGGAGCAAAGCUCAUUUAAUGAUCGUAUCACUGAGCACUGGAAGUUCUGAUCCUAACUGUGGUAAUAAGUUGAAGACUACAUGUAUUCCAACGAUUGCCCAGAUAUAUGAUGAAACUGCCUAUAAAGCAGGGGUCUCCAACCUUGGUCCCUUUAAGUCUUGUGGACUUCAACUCCCAGAGUUCCUCAGCCAGCUUUGCUGGCUGAGGGUCUCUGGGAGUUGAAGUCCACAAGUCUUAAAGGGACCAAGGUUAGAGACCCCUGCUAUAAAGUCACUGGAAAAAAUCUCCAAAUGCAUCCAGAAAGCCCCCAGGGUCCAUCAAAUAUCUGGCUUUGUAUCAUCCUAUCCAGACACCCAUCCUCCCAGACAUAAAGAGCAUCAGCAGCCUACAACUUGACGUGAAAAUAUGUUCACUGCAGCACAAGAUUGAUAAAAAAAAAUAUAUCCAUCAUCAGAUCCUCCACAUCUACUCUGAUCUAACACACAGCUGUUUGUGUAAACUGGGAUUAAGAUCAACUGGAAUAAACCCAUGGUUGCAAAAGAGCUAGAAAUUCCCAAAUCCCUCUGAGUAGCACUCCCAGAGCAAGGAGAUGGUUUGCAGGGUUCUUUUUUGUUGUUGUUAUUUAUUCAGUUAAUCUGUGCCUUUUCAGAGGAAAAAAAAAUCAUUAAAUCAAGUACAUUCUUAAACUGCAGUAUGAACCAUUAUGUUGGCUGUUGAGAAAAAAAUGGAACAUCCAUAGCUUUUGCAUGCGUGGUACUUGUUCCUUUAGGAAGUCAGGGUAGUAUAUACUGUAUUUCCUCUUCCUUUUUUCCCCCCAUAACAACAACUCUUUGAGAUAGUUGAACUGAGGGGGAGAGGGAGAGAGAGAGUGGCCCAAAAUCCUCUGAGGGUUUCAAUGACUAGAAUGGAUUACAACCUUGGUCUUCCCAGGUCUAGGCUAACUCUUUAAAUACUUUUGAUACCGCUACUUCAAGAACAUUUAAUUUUGUUCUGAUAUCAAUACAUCAGAGAUCAAAGCUCUUUAUUAUUAACUCUACAACAUUUGAUCUGCCCAGCCAAGAGGAAUUUGAGUGGGUUAGCAGCACAGAAAAUCAUGUGCUCAUUAAAUACAGCUCUGGUGGGCAGAAUUCUUAGCCUUCCUUAGUUAUGUUGGCUGAACUGUAGCACUGAAUUGUUAUGUCAAGUUUAUGCACAGCUGAUAUAAUUGUCCAGUUUUAUGAAGAAGGGGAUUGCCCCCUCUUCCUGAGUAUGAAUUUAAUUACAUUAUUGUGAUUACAUUCCACAACUAGUCUACGAUAAAGUGAAUAAGCUCCACUAGGUUCAGUUUAGUUGGGAUUAACAUGGAUCAGCACAGGGCAGAACAAUAAGAAAAUUCUUAUUCUUGGAUUAAAGUUGAGCUUAAAGGUGGUAAUAUUUGCAUCAUUCUUAAAUAAAUGGUGUGAGAUGCUAAAGUUCACACUUGACCCAAAUGGGUUGAGAAGCUCAAUGACAUUUAUAAUUCAAAGAAAAUGGGGCUUUCAUUGUGUAUGAACUGUCAAAAUGUUACACUUCUUAUGAUUAAAUAAAGGGCACAGAUGGGGAAAAUAGAUCAUAGAAGAAUAUAUCAGAAAGUAUACGGUAAAUAUGUAUAUGAGGAACAGCUCUGACUAGGCAUCGACCAAGAAGUUUUAUAUCUGAUAUUAUUUGGGGAUCUCACAAGCAGUGAUAUUUCCUAGAAGCAUACACUGACAAAUUCCUUUAAACACAAGUCACAUACUUUCUCUUUUGCCAUUGUGAAGGCAACUGAGUACAAGUGAGCAGAUAGGAUCUACAGAGUUCAUUUAGCCCUGGGACUACAAGCUGCUAAGCCCAAGAAUGAACAAUGUUUAUCAGUUGUUUAAGCGCUCUAGGUUUCCUACAAGGAACAGGUUAGCUGGCAAUAAAAGCAGGAGUUGUUUUUUUAUAUAUAUAUAACUGCAGAAGUAAGAGGUUGGCAGAUAUAGCUAGAAAAAGCAACAUAAUUUUUGGAAUGGAAGGGGUUAUCUGAGGGACAGCCUCUCCCCGAUUAUAUCUGUUUGUCCCACUAGAUCCGCAGAGAGAGCAUGUUAGUGGUUCCAUUGGCUAGGGAGCUACAUUUGAUGAGCUGUGGGCCAUGGGCCUUUUCUGCUGUGAAUCCUGUAUUAUGGAAUAUCCUCCCCACUGAAAUAAGGCUGGGCUUCAUCGCUUUUGACUUUCUGAACAUUUCUCAAGACCUGCUUAUGCCAUCAGGCUUUUGGACCAAAGGAGACUACUGAAUUAUUGAGGUGGCUCUGAUAUUAUUAAUCUCCCUUCAACCAAUUUUCCUCUUUUUAGCUUUGUUUUUAUAAGUUUGCAAUAAUAAUAAUAAUAAUAACAACAACAAUAAUCAUUUGAUGUUUAGUAACUAAUGUUUUUUUUAGCUUUGUUGUACACUGUCCAGAGUCACUUGCUUUGUAAAAUGGAUGGGUAUAUAAAUUUGACAAUAAAUUUGACAAUAAAUAAAUUGCACCCAUA